AACUCCAUAUUAAAAAAAACCUACGAGUCAGUACAUGGCAGGGAACGAGAGCGGUUCAUUUGCUUAAAAGAUUCGUUCGAAAACACUGAUUCGUUCACGUAGUGGACUUAAUAUAAGCAGUGAAGUUCACACUGCUCAGAGUUUGGUCAUGGCGUCCAGCAGCUCCUGUGUGGUGAUCAGCGAUGAUGAGCAGGGUUAUGAUCUUGACCUCUUCUGCAUACCAAAACACUAUGCUUCUGACCUGGAACGUGUCUAUAUACCUCAUGGACUAAUCAUGGACAGGACCGAGCGACUGGCCAGAGAAAUCAUGAAGGAUAUGGGGGGACACCACAUUGUUGCCCUCUGUGUGCUCAAAGGGGGCUACAAGUUCUUUGCGGACCUGCUAGACUACAUCAAAGCAUUGAACCGCAACAGCGAUCGCUCCAUUCCAAUGACUGUGGACUUUAUUCGCCUCAAAAGCUACCAAAAUGACCAGUCUACAGGUGAGAUUAAGGUGAUUGGUGGAGAUGAUCUGUCCACACUAACAGGGAAGAAUGUCUUGAUCGUGGAGGAUAUAAUUGAUACUGGGAAAACAAUGCAGACCUUGUUAGAACUUCUCAAGCAGUACAAUCCAAAAAUGGUCAAGGUGGCCAGUUUACUUGUGAAGAGGACACCAAGGAGUGUUGGCUAUAGACCUGACUUUGUAGGAUUCGAGGUCCCUGACAAAUUUGUGGUGGGAUAUGCGCUAGAUUACAACGAGUACUUUAGAGAUUUAAAUCAUAUCUGUGUCAUCAGUGAAACGGGAAAAGAGAAGUACAAAGCUUGAUGUGUUCUGCACCUCGCCCCUUUAGCUGUGCAUAAUUUUUAUUGACGACCUCCUUUUUUUUUUUUUUUUUUUAAAAAAAAAAAAAAAAAAUCACAUCUGCUUUGUCAUUUUAAGAAGCGUUGCUUGCUGUAGAUAUCCAGGAUUAAUUUGCUCCUUUUAUCCAGGAGUGGAAAGUGCAGAGUUAACAAAGCACGAUAGCUCAGAUUGGGAGCCCCAAGCCUUUUUCUGCUGAUCACAGAUGUAUUUUCUUUUGAAUGUAUACAAAUAUAAAAUAUCUAUAUAUAUGGUAAAUAUCUUUAAUUUAUUUUGUAUCAUUUUGAAAUAAUUGCCUGAUCUUUUUUUUUUUUAUGUUAAAAAAGUGAGCUUGCAGCCAAAAUUAACAAGAUCUUGAUUGGAUCAAUCUUAUCUAUUUGCUUAUUGAACAAAAAUGAAUUUCUAGUCAGACAUUUACAUUGUAUAAGCCAUGACGUGUAUAAUCAAUGAUGUGGUGCAUUUUUUUUUUAUUUAAUUUUUUUUAUGGGUUUUUUUUUUUGGGACCGGGUUUGAUUUGAUUUCUAAGACUAGCAGGACGGCUGUACUAUCAAUUGACCGUUAUUACAACGUUUCCUUGCUAUUUUAUUUUUUAUGACUACUUAUUGUAGUUUACUAGAUGUUCUCGGAAUACUUCACUUUUUUUUUUUUAUGUGAAAGAAGUAAAACGUUAUGGUGCCUUAUGUUAAGUCAUAUAGCCACAAUAACAAUUCUAUCAAUACAUUUUCAGCAAAAACACGAUUAAGGGAUGAAAGAAUAACUUGUGCUACUCUACAUGUAUUUGCAGUUUUAGCAACACCAUUUACCAGCGUGUGCAUUAGCCUUACUAUAUAUAUAUAUAGAUUAAUAUAAUGGUCAUAAAGCAAUCUAGGUUUUAUAAUUGAUUAUUCUAAUUAGAUGUGUGGUUUCAGAUGUACGUGUUCAAGCAACAUCCCAGUCCUGAAGCAGCUUUGGCGAACCGAUCAUUCAGAUCAUGUAAUUGGACCACUCUAUAAGAAAGGCUUGUGAAUGAUGACAAUGUAUUUGACUGAAGACAUUAAAUAGUGUUUCAUUUAAA